AUGGUUUAUACGACAACGCAAUGUGGAACCAGACCUGGAUUCUCCGGAUUCCAAACCGAAAUCGCCUCGAGACAAGCAACUCCGGCCGCGAAUUUCUACAAUUGGAUCACGCGUUUCGUCUCCCGGGCGUGGCGCACCGUGCAACCCAGCGACACGGCCUCCGUCCACGUGGAAGCCAGCGAGUCCCACGCGGCGCCGGUGCAGUCGAACGUCACGGACCCGCUGAUCGUGGGAGGCAAUCUUGCGCAGACCGGGGAGGCUCCGUUCAUGGUCCGUCUCGUCAUCGACUUCCCGUCGGGACCCAGUACCUGUGGGGGCUCGGUGAUCAACGAGAAGAACGUCCUCACUGCCGCUCAUUGUCUCGUGGACACGUCGGAAAAAGCCACAGGUGGAAUUGCGAUCGCAGGGACGAAUUACGUGGACACCACCACGAACCCCGUCACCUUUGGACCGACGGCGCAGUCCAUUUCUUUUGCGUCUUAUGACUACCAUCGCACAAACUUCAAGAAAGGCUACGACAUCGCCAUCAUUCAUCUCUCUUCGAGCCUUGUCUUCAACGACAACGUGCAGCCGAUCUGCCUGCCGACUUCGGACGACAAGAACCUCGCCGGAUGCACGAAUUAUGCCUACGGAUGGGGGGACACGUCCGCACCGGAUGGACAACAGAGUCCGGACUUGAAGAAAUUGAGGGUGAACGUGAAGAGCAUGGCGUUUUGCUCAUCGCUUGGUUUUCUCAAGUCAGCUCAACUCUGCGUCUCGGCGUAUACCGGCCCGGCGGGUGUAUGCGCAGGUGACAGUGGCGGUCCCGUCGUGACGACGUACAACGGAAGGCUGUAUCAGAGCGGUAUUACGUCCUACGGGCCCACAUCUUGCACCAAGAGCAACGUCUUCACCCGAGUCUCUUACUACAGCGACUGGAUUGCAGCAAACAUCAAAUGAAGACAAGACUGCUCGAGACGGGUGGCGCGUACGUGUUCGAUGGGCGCACUGGUGACAGAUCUACAGGUGGCGGGCGCACGGUUGCACAAAUCAUUGGUCUACCGUUGUGUUGUUGUUUUUCUGGACAUUUCGCCGAUUUUACCGGCGCAAAAGGAAUUAGUGUCUGUGAAAGCAUUCAUUUCAAGAUUAUCGGGUUGGAAAUGUUCAUCUCAGCACACUUCGGAAGUGUUGCAAAUCUUGUCAGUCAUUCAGUAUGUGCAAAGUGGCAGAAAAACAAAUUCCGUG